AUUGUUUGAAGUAAACAGUAUGGAUAUUUGCCAAUUCUGUAUUUUCUAAAAUAUGUGGAGAAUAAUACAGUGGAAGAGUGUUUAAUUCACUAUAAUUUGAAGCAUUUGAAAAUGUGGCCCAUGCUCUUAAAUUUAACCCACGACGAAUGUCGUCGGACGCUCCGAAGACUUGAAUUGGAAGCCUACUCUAAUAUGAUCAGUGUAUUUAGAGCUCAGGGGGCAUUGGAAGACAACAGAAAAAAGUUACUCGAGGAGCUACGCGCCGUUUUGCAUAUAAGCAAUGAUCGGCAUAGCGCUGAGGCGCGCCGCGUGUCUAAUGAUGAAUUAUUGGCUACAAUUGCAGAACAGUUAGCAGGUCCCAAUACAGGUCUAGGAUGGAUCAGUGAAGGUCGUCGGAGGAUACCCCUUUUGCCGCGUGGUAUUCCUCAGACAAUGUACACAGAGAUUGCAGAUAAAGCAGCUGAGGCUGCUGCUGCUGAAAAUAAAGAGCUUAUAAAGAAACUUGAAGCUGAGAAGCUUGUUGCUCCUAAAUCAAAUGAGGAAGAUAUAUCUGAGGCUGAAGGACAAACAGCCGAGGGUGCACUUCCUUCAAAUGAAAUUGCAGAAGAUAUGUUGUAUCCACCAGUAGCUAUGGAAGAUCAAACAAGCAAACUAUGGGACACAGAAAUAAUAUGUCGUAAAAGAAAGAUUCCUGAAGGAGGUGUAGUACCUGAUGAUGUAACGACUCCAGUCAAAAAUAUGAGGAAUAUCCCUGUAAACACAAAUCAGAAACAUCUGAAUUUGUCACAGAUAUAUUCGAAAUUUUCUCAACCGGUUACAAGUAAAUCAUCUGGCCAAUCAAAACAUUCAUAUAAUCAAGUCAGCAAAGUAUCCACUAGUAAAUCAAGUCAAGCUCAUACACAAAAACCACAUAAACACAGAUCACUUAAAGGUUCUAAAAAUUCUGCUCAAGCUGCCAUGACAAAAUCUCAAAUAAAAAGACAACAGGAACUAACCAUGUCACCUGGUAAACAAUACAAUCCUACAUCAAUGCAACUCGACUAUUCUGGCCCACCUAACACCUUUCAGGCUAGUUACGCUCAGUCAGUAUUAGGUAGCAAACCCAAACCUGACUAUAUUGAUGAUAUGAAACCGAAAGGUCUAACAUCCCCCGGCAUAAUGACUGAUUCCCCAACUAUGCAACUUUUAACACAACCUGCGACAUUACCGCACGAGCUAGGAGUAUCAGAUAACUUGCAUGCAGAUGAUCCAUCCACAUUGCAGGCACAAGGAAUGCCUACUGCGAAACAAGCAAUAAGCAACAAACCUUGUCAUCUCAUAAUAAAGAAACGCGGUGAAAUCACUCCUGACAACAAAGUACAAAUGUCAGAACUGAAAAUAUUACAAAAACCAUCUGAAGGAGGAAUAAAAGUAUUAUCAAAUCGGCCAGUUGUUGUAACGCCAACUUCGACGCAAAAACCUUUAACAUCAGGAAAGAUUGUAGCUACAAAGGUUAUAGGUUCCAUACCAAAAAGUAGGGCACCAGGGACCCCAUCAGAGAAAAUGAUUGUUGUAUCAAAACCGACAUCGGAAAUCAAAACGUUGUCUAAUUCUAAAAUUAUUAUUACAUCCUCUGUAGCUAACACACCAGGCAAAAAUAUGGUCCCAGUAAACACAAAUAGUAUAUCACCUAAAACUACUGAAUCCUUUACUCCUAAAGGGAUACCCACUACAGAUCUGAAAGUGUCAGCUAAAACUGUAGUUUUAAAUCCGAAGUCAGGUCAAAAGAUGGUCGUACUACCGGCAAAGGCUCGAACGAAACCGGGGCCUGAAGGACAAAUACCACUCUUGCAUUUUAAAGGACUCUCAACGGCAAUGAAACUGGUACCUGUCGGUUCUCAAGUAGCGACUCCCGUUUCUAAAUCUGUAGCAUUACCUGUAGUCUCAAAACCAACUGUGGUCAACGCAAUCGCUUCGAGUACUAAACUUGUUAAUGUGGAACCAAUUAAAACAGCUAACUUGGCUGAUAUUGUGCCAGUCAAAGGCAUGACUCCUAUUACUACACCAAAAAUAACGAAUCCUAUCCUUCGACCGGCAAGUACAAAGGGCAGCGUAAUUGUUGUACAAAAAGGAGCUACCAUUGGAAAAGCGUUGACUUUUACAAAGAACGGUAACGAUAUGUCAAAAAUAAUAAUGGGAAAGAACAUAAACCAACUUUUACAAACAUCGAAAUGUGAUCAAACCGAUGUCUCUAAGUGUGGCGGGAACGUGAUUGUUCUAGAACUGAAUAACGACCAAACUGGCCGUGCAACUACUAUGUCGGAAAUAUUGGAAAGUAGAAACGCCAAUAUUGAAUCCGAGGAGAGAACUAAAGUCGCACAAAUUACCCAAGAUACUCCUGUAUUAUUUGAGACUCCAAUCACCGACGAUACUUGUAAUGCAAGUAGUUUGGACUCUACUGCUGACAGUAUAGGUGGUAUAGAACCCAUGGAAGAUUCUAGUAUACCUACUCUAGAAAAAGAGGUUGAAAAAUCUAGUUUUAGCAAAAACGUAGAGGGUGGUAAGGAUUCGUCAAGUGUCACUGAUUGGGAGAUGGAGUUAGACACCGUAUCCCGGAAAGGCAAAGAUGAUGAUGACAAGUUGAACUCUUUGCAUUUGGAUCUUGGAAUGUCCAGCGACAGUGAAAAUGAGUACAUGGUGGACAGCCACAAAUCCAAAAGUAAACACUCUUCACAGGAGAGCAUCUCAACAGCAGCAGUUGGUGGAGAACCCAGUGAAAUUUACGGCACUUCGUCGGGAUUAUCAUUAGCCACGCGAACACUGUUAAGCCAACUUCAAGACGACGGUUCAUCGAGCAACGAUUCGUCUUUCGCGCUCAAAUCAAAAGCAGCCGAAAAAUUGAAAGAGUCAGAUUCGAAAAUCGAUAAAUCUGAAUCGGACGCGUUGACGAAAGCGAAAGAGAAGUUGUCGGAGAAGGUGGCCGAGGCUAAAUCGCAGCAAAAGCGGAUAGAUAUAUACAGUACGGCGAUUAGUUCGUCGGAUAUAAAUUUGGAUUCUUUCUCGUAUUUGGCGGAGAGUAUGAUGGUUGGUGAUGAUGUGUUCUGCGGAGAGGAGACGAAGGCUCGAGAGUCUCGGCAACAAGACGUUCUUCACGACCAACUCAGUAGACUACUGGGCGAAGACUCUGCCAACUCCACUGACUCACAAACUGUAAGUGAAACUAUGCCUUUAAGUAAAUGAGCAAUACUCUAGGGUUAAAUCUGGUAUCGUAAAGAUGUAAUGACUUAGAAUAAACUGGGACAUAUAAUGUGAAGUGGUGUGAAGUUACGAGGUAAUCUCUGUAUUGUUUUUGUUGAAAUGAUAAAAUUUUUCGAACGAUGUGUUGUACUGUACUGUGUGUAUAAUAUAUUGUCUUUUAUUGAU